GGACAGAAAAGUCUUCGCGUUGAUUUUGUAUAUUCCCAUCAAUCACGGAUACCAAACUACAGGAGUUCUUGUAGGUCCGGGUACAAUUUCUAUACCGUGUCGGACAUAAAAAUCAGGAACAAGACUGUCAAGUCAAGGAGAGCCAGGAGAUCUGCCAACAACUUGAUCCGGUGACCGGAGAGGAUUGUUCAAUUUACCGUGGAUAAAACCGUGGACAAAACCGUGGACAAAACCGUGGAAUAAACCAUUAUUGAAUUGGGCGGUCCCAUUACUGGUGUAUGGGGGCUUCUUUCCUCAAGCACCUUUGUUGGAUUUGCAGGCCCAGAGCGAGUUGCUAACGAGCGAGGGAGGAACCUUGCCUUUCAUUGCCUGGCUCGGACUUUGAACAAACGUCGAAGAGUUUCCAAAGCUUCUUAGAGAGAGGACAAUUCAAAUCCAACUUUAUAGGGAUUAUUUAUUAGGCCAGCCGUACCGCACAAUGGCUUCCUCAAGAAGGACCUCCCGACCACAGGACUCCCGACAUCUCCCUGUUAAUCAUACUAUCCAGAGUAUGUUUGAUAGUACGUUAGAGACUUCACGGGAUCAUGGCCGAGGCUUGAAUGUUAUAGAACCACCAAUCCAUAAUUUUAGCAUCGCCUUCUUGGAGAACUCUGAUCACACUUUUCAGAGGCAUAACAAUCAAAGCCCUAUUGUGCAAUAUCCUUCAGCCCAUUACAGCCAGUACACUGCUAGCUGUUCCGACGAUUCACGAAUGACGGCUGCUUCUUCAACGGAUAUUCCGCUACUGUCAUCUCUGGAUUCGUCAGGAACUACGCAGAGUACCCCGAGCGUGCUAUACGAACCAUGGUAUCAGGAGUCAUUUUGUGAUGACAUGAAGAUCGAGAAUCAAUCCUCUUUUUCUUACGGCCAGGAACAGCUGUUAUGUGACCCGGGAUUAAGUGCUCCCAGUUGGGCAGACUUUUCUAACCACGCACUCUCUGGGUUUGAGCCUUUCGUCUCAAACCCUUCUGUAUCACAUUUAACGUUGUAUUUGCUAAAUGGCGGUCAUGUACCGCAAGGGAACAAUAACUUUACAAACCUCACAAGUACAUGCUCUGGACAGGCCACACCAACCUCAGCACAUGCUGUGGAACCAUGCCUGAGUUAUCAGUCAUAUGAAACGGAAAGACAGCGAGUAGUACCAUCAGGUAGCACCAACAAAGCAUCACCAAUGCAUGCACCGUUACCAAGUGGCCCAGGGAAAAGGAGAGGGCAUAGGCGUAAGGCCUCAGACGGAGGCAUAUCUCGAAAAUACCGAAAUCUUUCCAACCGUAAGGUGCUGUACAUUUGUACUAUCGAUGGAUGUGACCAUCAGUUCUCAUCGGCGAAAGACCUUGACCGACAUCAACAUGCAAGUCUCAUACAUGAAGAACAAUGCAGUCGGAAAUAUCAUUGCGAUAAUAUGCAAUGUUCACAUUAUGGAAGGGGUUACACGCGCAAAGACAACUUCGACCGACAUGUGGAGAUGAUGCACUCGAAAUUGAUACCCUGAUCAGCAGGAACACUACGGCGAUUCAGGAUACUGAUGGAAUAGGACUCAGCUGAGCAUUGGUAAUCGGGACGUCAUUCAAGUUCAAUUCCAG